CCACGCCCACCCCCACACCCUCUUUCCCAAUAUCAAGAGACAGGGUUCUGAAAAAUUCCUAGAGGGAGGAAAACAGUACAGUUCACUGGAGUGCUUGUAACGGUCUGACUCAUUCAGUUAUCUGAGUUUAUUAACCCAAGCACCUGCAUCCAAGACACUUCAACAGAAUAUAUUCAAUUCCUGUGAACUUUGACAAAUUAAAAACAUGUUCCUGUUUCUCAGCUCCGUUCUGGUUAUGUCUGUGUUUUGGGAAGCUAAGUGCAACCAAGCAAGUAGCAACACCUCUUUCUUCCCUGAAGUACAUGGCGGCCUGUGGUCCCUUGACCUUUCCAAUAGAAACCUGAGCUCUAGCGACAUUUCUUGUGGGACAUUUAAGCAUUUACAAUUAAAAUACCUCAAUCUCUCAAACAACCACCUUGUGAUGUUCCCUCUCUGUUUGCCAGCAACCCUAAAAGUCCUGGAUUUAAGCAACAACAACAUUUCAGAGCUUACAGACCACAGUUUUCAAGACCUUUUGGAUUUGCAUACUUUGAUAUUAAGUCACAACAUCAUCAUACAGGUUUUGUUGAAUACAACUUUGAACCUAAAGGUUUUGGAUCUCAGUUACAAUCAGCUUGUAUCAUUGCCAGUGACAACAAACUGGACCAACCUCACUUACUUGUCCAUUGCAGAAAACCAAAUAGAAAAUGUUUAUCUAAAUGAUUUAAACACUUUCCAAUCCCUUGAGCAUCUGAACCUCGCAGGAAAUCCGCUUGCAUAUUUUAACACAUCAGGCAGGGCAGAUGUUUCUGCAAGCAACCUCAUUGAGCUGGACAUAAGGAAAACCAAUAUAACAAUGAACUUCAAAAACACAAGUUCACUGAACACUGGAAACUCCAAGAUUUUCAACAUUUUGCAGCAGUUGAGAUUCCUCUCCAUUGGAAACUGCAGUCUGAGCACAGUCGACUCAACAAAUACAAGUUCUUCAACUACGACCGGAAAUGACAAUGAAAGCGUAGUUAAUUGUGAGCUUGGGCUCCGUUUGCUUCUGUCUGAUCCUGGCAAGAAUCUUGAAAAGUAUAAAGCAACCACAAGUGCCAGUAUACAGAAUGCACUAGACAAUAUUGGAACUAUCAGAACAGAUGGGACAGCCAUUUCACCAGUUAAAGAGACAACAAAAUCUGCAGCUUCAGAAACUACUAGAGGAAUGACUACAGAGACUACACCAGUGACGGCAGUCACUUACACAUAUGUGGUACAAGAAAAAACUACAUCUACAAGAACAAACGGGACACCCACUUCCGCAAAUUCAGAGUCUACAAAAGCUGCAGCUUCAGAAACAACAAAAACAGCAACAGAGACUAAAAUAGCAGCUUCAGCCACCCCAAAAGCAGCUACAGAGAGCACCAAACACAGACCGCUGAGCAAGCCCACCAUUCCAUUUGAAGUAUUUGAUUAUCACUAUGAGUCUGAUUUACCAUCUAAACAUGAUCAAUUUAAUCCUCAAUUGGUGCCAUGUGACUAUGACCCCUGUAGAGACCGUCAAAUGCCUUGCUUGGACCUGCAGAAGCUGCAUAAAUGCUUAUGCCCAGGAAUGUCUACAGCCGCUACACGGCCAAACCCACCAACACUCAAAGCAGCAGCUGAGAUUACAUAUACAUCUGCCAACAUCCACUGGUGUGCUCCUUAUUCUACUGUAAGUGAGUACCAGCUUAAGGUAGAACGAGAAGACAGACUAGUGCAUCUGAAUGAUCACAUUCACGAAACGUUUAGAAGGUUUACUUUGUACGGGCUUCCAGCUGGCACAACACACCGUGUCUGUGUUGCAGCAAAGAACAAAGCAGGAACCUCUGAAGAUGUAUGCACUACAUUCAAAACUGAACACGAUUAUACAAUAUUCAUGUAUGCCUUCGCCACAGCUACAGGUUUACUUCUGCUUGUUGUAAUCAUACUGGCAGUAUGUCUGUACAAGAGGUCUAAAAAUCCACCUCCCCAACUUCCAUACCUUACAAACUCGAUCUCUAUACAGAACCCAGCAUUCAGCCACCCGAUGGGGAAGUAUGAUUUUUCAAAUAACAUAUAAAUGGGGUGAGAAACAGUAGUUUGCUUAAUUUGUUAAAAACUAGUUGAACCAAAUUUACCUCACAUCAGUUUUCUAAAUAUCCAUUUUAAAAUAAUAUAGUUUGAUAUCCAUGAAACUAUCUUGACCCUGCUUUCCUUGUUUAUAAACAGCAUAGAGAAGGAACAUCAAAUGUUAUAGUAUUUAUAAAAAACACAUUAUUUAAAUACUUCAUAAGUAAAAGCUUUGUGAACAUGGCCCAUGUAUCGCAAUACUGUUUUUCCUCCCUUACAUGUAUAGUGGUGCACUAAAUUGUAGACAGUUACCAUAAUAUUCAGUAUGGAAAGUUCUAUUUAGUAGUAUAUUUGACAAUAAUCUGCAUAUUAGUUAUGGGCAAGAAAGUAACAUGCAGUAACGCUUCAUUCAGACUUCACACUGAAGAGGGAACUUUGCUAAUCUCCCUGUAAAAAUAUCAUACUACAGUAUACAUUUAUGGAUAUUAAAACUAAGGAUAAGAA